UUCAUUUCUUAUUAAUACCAGGUAUAAAAAAUCAAUUCUAAUCUAUCAAAUCCGUAUGGUUAAUAAGAAUUAUUUGUAUCACCAGAAAAGCAAUAGGUGGCAAGGAUGAAAGCUAAAUAAUUUAAAAGGAUCACUUCGCAUCCCCAACUAGGCUGUCGUUUAGCUGAGUCUUUGGGGCCCCCAAAUUUUUGCCAUCGUUAUUUGCAACUUUCAAUACACACAUUUAACAUUCAAGACUGAUAACUGUCAAGUAAUCAAAUUUUAUUUCGCCUAAAGAUAUAUGAAAGAGAAAAUGAUAGGGCCUUCUUCGCAGAUAAGCAAGCUGCUGUUGACCUUGCUCGUCCUAGUGAUAGUCUUUUAUGUAUAUAUGGAUUUUAAUCUCUACAUUAGGAUACACAACUACCCCUUAGAUAACGACGACAAUAACACAGUGAACUACAAGGAGAUCACCUGGGUGAGUUGCCACAUCAAUCCUCUCUGUGAUGUCACCGUUAAAGCGGUCCUUCUUGACCACACUAACUACUACCUGUUCGCACCUCUAGUCCAAAUAGUCGACGAUUUGCUGAAGAUAAGUGACACCAAAUGGAUAACACCGAACUCUAUCAGUUUUUUCCAUAUCUUGGUAGCCAUCCUGAGCGCCAAAUGCAUCUCGAGCAAUAACCUGGCCUACAGACGCAUCGGCGUCGUGUUGUUCGAAUUUAGGACCUGGCUGGACGAUUUGGAUGGACACGUGGCUAGGGUACGGAAGCACAUUAAGGGAGAGCGGUCCGAAAUAGGUACGGCUGGUUACUACAUCGACGGAAUAUGUGACGCUGUAGGAUGUACUGCCUUGAUAAUAGGUAUAUUUAUUUUCCUUAAAAAUAAUCCACCGAGGCGAGGAUACGUCCAACUUCCCACUACAGUCGAUGGUAAAGAAGCGAAUACAAACACGAACGUUUAUAAUUUGAAGGUGACGACGAAGAAAGUUGUCAGAAAAGUCUGUUGUUUUUCCUUGCAACUUAUAAUCAGUUCCACUGCAUGGAACCGUUACAUAGCUAUAUAUCAGGAUUUAUUGGAAAGGACCGAUGUGAAACCCAUGGAGAUGAUCAGGCAAAAUGAGGUGUUCAAGAGCUCUUUCUUCUUCAUGAUAACAUGGUUGUGGAGGGUCAGCAACGUGCAUAACUUGACCCACUUGCUGCUCUUGUCGAUAUUUUGUGAUAAAUUAUGGGAAUUCUUUAAGAAUAUCCAGUAUAUCGGGUACGGUGUAUUGCUGUCCGUGAUAUGCAUCACAGAGAUCAACAUUAUUGACGUUAAAAGUUUCAUUUAUCAUAAAUUAAAUGGUAACAGUACUAAAUGAGUUUAUAGUUAGCUAGGAUACGAAUUACAAGUUUGUUAUCGGGAUGUUGAUUAAGCUCUCGCUGUUUUUUCGUCAAAAAUUAAUACUUUAACAGAAUUAGUAAAUGCAUGUCACUGAAAAAGGAUUGUCCAUCACUAGCCAUUACUUUUUCCGAUCCUUCUGGCGUUGGGAAAACACCACAUCAUUUGAAGCCCUCCAAGAGUCGACCCAUUUUUGGCAUCUUAAUAGGAAUGGAAGUGCUGCUCAAUAGGCCAAGUGCCAUCGAUCGGAACAAGUUAUAAUCGGAAGGGCAAAUGUCUGGUGAAUAUGGUGGGUGGGGUUUAAGCAUUUCCAAGUAGGUUUUCACGGUUUUACAAGUGGCAAAAUCACUUUGUCAUGUCUCUGCUUGUAUAGCGGUUAAUUUUCCUUCAAUGCUCGGAUCAAACGCAUCAAUUGUAGUUGAUAGCGAUCUCCCAUAAUGGUUUCAUUCGGUUUGAGCGGCUCCUAAUAAACUACACCCGGAACAGAAGCUUGGAACCCUGGAUAUUCUGCUUUGUCGACGAGCUUGACACACGACUGAGCUUACCCCAUGGUUAUCUACAAUUAGAAUUAUCGUAGCUAACCAUUUUCCAUCACCAGUCACGAUAUGAUGCAAAAAACGUUUCCUUUUCUGCUGUCGAAGCAGCUGUUCCCAUCUGCAAAGACGGUAUUCGAUGUCUGUCGGCUUCGGCUUCGGCUUAUUAUUAUUAUUAUUAUUAUUAUUAUUAUUAUUAUUAUUGUUAUUAUUAUUAUUAUUAUAACUCCUAAUGAUUCUUCAUCUUCAAACUGUUUCUUUAUCUUCAACAUCGAAAUCAUUGUUUUUGAAGUGUCUAAACCAAUCUCUACAUGUUUGCGACAGAGCAUGGUCGACCUAAUUCUCAACAAGAAUUCUGUGUGCUUCAGUUGCAUAUUUCUUUUGAAUAAAGUAAUGCUGUAAAAUUCCCACAAAUACUCUUUUUUCGGCAUGUUUAACAAUAUGAAAAAAAAAGUAGUUUACACUUAUGUGAAAUAACACACUCAAUUUCAAGCUUGUUUGUAGUACUUCUUUGUAGGUGCGUUACCAAUCAUAAACUACACUCUUGCAGUCCUGGUAAUGCCAUCUGUUGGAAAAGAGCGAGAACUUAUUCAAAGUCCCUAUAUUUUUUUGUGUGAUAUUUUUAGUAGUUGAAUUGUAUAAACUUUGUCUAUAGUAGUAUUUUUACACAAACGGAGAAUAUGGAAAGUCGAAUCGGUAAGUGAGAAAUAAAUAUUUAUCUGACAGAUUUGAGAUUGAAUAUACUGCGUUUCUGCAAAUUUUUGUUACAAUAAACUCGUCGCUAUUUAAUUUCGAAAGCGGUCGUUAGAGAAUUUAUAUCUUAGAUUUUUUAUAAGGCAAAAGAAAGAAGAAAAACUACCUCAUAAUUUACCUUACAAAAUUUUAUUUUUGUACAAUGUCCUUAAUAAGUUGUCGCAGUUAGUAAACAUCACGUUACUUUCCAGUGUUUUAUUUUAUUGUUUCAGCAAGUUACACGAAUAAUUGGAGUACCUAAGUUAUAUUAAUUUGAAAUCAUAAGAGAAAUGUUCUUAUUGCUUUCCCCGGUAUCGUAGAUAACAAACUUGUCUUAUUAAGUUUAUAAAAAACAUGAACAUUAAUUUUUUGUAGUUAUAAUAAAGUGGGAAAUAAAAUAUGUACAGGUUGUCCCGGUUUAUAGCUGUACAGGUUAUAAACAUAAAGUAUUUUUCGUUAAAUAGAGGCACUAAUGAUAAUGAUUGAGAUCUAUGACUUCCUGAAAUUUGCAAAUCCCAAGUAUCAAUUUUGGAAAAAUUUUUAAUUAAAGGUAAAACAAAAAAAAGAAUUAUGUUGAUUAUGUUAAUUCAGAAAAAAUUAAAUAAUUGAAAAUGUAACAGAAAUUUAAAAAUUUAGAUACACAAUGUAAAAAUAAAUCCCUAAUAGUUUGCAUGGGGGCGUUUUGAGGGAUAUAAAAUAUUAGCAAUAUAUUUGGGAUUAAAAAAUUGCUACUUUAGUUUGUAAAAAUUGACAUCUAAAAAGAUCAUAGCAGGUUUUCUUUGUUUUUUACACUGCUGUAUUGGGACAACUUACAUGUAUUUUCCCGUGAUGACAUUCAUUUAGAAAACUCCUACCGACAAGAUAAACUACUUGGUUGCUAACCGAAGAAUUUUGAUAAGCGCAAGUUUGAGAUUUUCGGAAUUAUAGUUAACACGUGCAACCUUCGCAGAAGAUUAGUCUGUCUAGAUUAAGGAUUAAGAUUUUUUAUUAAAUAGUUGAUGUGGUCCUGAUAUUUCCAUUUUUGGACGUUUAUAUUAUUUCUCGGCAACAUCCCUUGCCAUUUUAAAAAUAACUUAAUACCGAGUAGUUUAUUUCGUAAGUUCAGACUUAUUAUUUAUUGCCUUAGCUCUAAAGGUAUUUAUUACUAUUGUAUAUUAUAGCAAUUAAAAAAAUAUUUAUAUAUAUGAAUAUAUUUUUGUAACACUAGUCUUCUUAAAACUGAAUUUUCUCUCUAUUUUGGGCGAAAAGUGUGCGGGUGAUAAUUUUAUAAUAUUUAAGGAUUAUUUUAUAUUUAUUAAGUAACGAUACUUUAUGGUUAUUGGUUUUCGAUUUGUUAAAAUUUGGUGUAUAGCCCUUGAAAUGCUGGUGCAAGGGUCCAACGUUAACGUCCAAGCUCUUUCACAAACCUGGACCGAUGCACCAAAGCCAUCGUCAGUUAACGUAAACGUACAGUAAUGUCUUCGAUUAGUUAAAUCUUAUCUAACUUUUCUUGUUGGUUUGUCAGUUUGUCACCAAAACCACGUAUUUGUGUACACUAAUGAAUUUGGACAAAAUUAAUAGCUUUCCUUAUAGUUAAAUGAUGAAUUAGUGCGGUUUUUGUGACUGAUUUGAUGGUCAAAUAAUUUUAAAUGUACUUAUUAUGAAAUUUUGUUUUCUAAAUUAAUAAUGUUCAAGCACUAAAUUCAAUAUUCCACAAGCAUAAACGAACAAAAUAAAUUAUAAAAACAACUAAAUUCUUAUGAUGCAAUAAUACUUGACCCAGUGUCCUAAUACAGGAAUAUGUUAGUAGUAUUUUAUAUAAUGAGAUUAUUUUAUUCCAGUUUUGCUUUUUGCAUUUUAAUUUCUAUUUAAUAGUAUAUAUAGUCCUUUCUUCUAUUUUCUUCUUCUUCCAUAGUAUUUUAAAUUUUAAUGUAAUAUACUGCGUAUUAUUUUAUUUCUACUCUCCUUUCACGCAAAAUCAAUGUUGUUUUUCUUCGGUGAUGACAAAAAAAAUAUAGACUUCUAGUAUAUAAGCAAGCUUUUUAUUUUAUAUAAAAUGUUAUUUUUUAUAUGUAGGUAUUAAUUCCUAUGUUUUUAAUAUUGUUUUUGCUAUUAUCGCCACUGCCAAAGAGAAGUCAGUUUACGGCCUCCCUCCUUGACAGAUACAUGGUUUUGUUGGUACAUAUUUUACGGCGCAAUUUAAUUUUUUAUGUAACGUUUGUCUAAGUCAAUGUUUUUUUUAUUAUUUAUAUAUAUAAAAUGUUAUUGUAUUAAUACUGUCUAUAAAUAGAAAUUGUUAUGAGUAUACGCAAAAACUUGAAUGGUGUUUGAGAGCUUAUAAUAAACAUGCUUAUUAUUUGA